GUGCCGCAAAACCUACUAGAAAAUAGUGCUGUGUCAACGGAGUCAGCUGGCAGUGAGUCUAGUAGGUGGAACACACCCACACUUUUCCAUAUACUUAGUGCUAGACCUAAGUAUCUUAAAGUUUAAUUGCAUGCGGGGCAUAAAUGUGAGAGAAUGUCUUAGACUAACUAGAAGGGUAAAGCUAACUUUUCUGGGUAAAUUGUUGUGCCUACGGCUUACCCCAGUUGUCCCCACAGCUUAGCUGUUUGCUACCAAACAUUGGACUCCAAUGACUCCAAUUUGGAGAGCUAGCUAGCUGUCUGGCUGCAUCAGCAGCAGUUUAACUCCGACAACCGGAGCACACAAAACUAGCUAGCUAGCUGGCAAACUUCUAUGGGCCUGGUGCGGACUAUUUUACUCUGGCUGAAGAGAGCGAACUCCCCGGGAAAGCGUCACCAUUCGUCCUUGGUUUAAGGAGAAACAUGGCGACAACAAGAAGUGCUAAACUUUGGGUGCUUCUACAUGGUCGUUCCCCGACUGUCCCACUCUUCUUUAUUGUAACAACGCCUUGCACUCAGCAGAAAUAAAUGUCUCUCCACCCCAAGCCCAAAGCAAAGGGAGGACUGGCAAGCCAAGACCGGGGAACAGGAUGGAGACUUCUACAUGGGCCACCGCUGGAUCGUGUCAAGCAUAUUUUGGACAACACUCCAAACCUUUUGUCACCAGACAAAAUCAACAGGAUGGAACCAGAGGUCAAAAUAGUUGGAAUACAACCACCAAUUUUCAACAGUAUUUACCGACGAUAUCGGCCACACAAGCGCCACAGGGCCAGUGCCCUUCCCCUAUUGGAGCUUACGCCACUGAACAGUUAUCCAAUCAAAACACUUCAAGCAAAUGGGUCACUACUUCCUCUCAAGGGGGACAUGGUUACUUCCCUCGCCAACACAGAGAGGAUUUUAAAGCACAGCCAGUGACCAGCCGAGGAUCACCUCUGAUUUCUCCCUCAGCAACAAACACACACCACGACAAUGCUUAUUGCCUGCCAGGCCCACCUCACGGGGGACAACACGGGGAACAGCAGGUACGCAGCAGAGAAAAUACAAAUGCAACUCCUGCUACGACAGUUGGUCAUGGCAACAACCAAAUUCACAGACGGCAUCUACUUUUGUCUCUGCUACAAUCAAACACUCCACCUCAAUAUAAUCUACAAUCCUGGGGUUCCUCAAACUAUGACAGUCAUGUCCAAAGUGCACAGACCUCCAGUCCUGUGACACCAACAGCAUGUUCAGUGUCUUUUCCCACUGAUAUGCAAAGGAUUUGUCUCCCUCAGAACCAGCCAGCCAGCUGUGGCAACGGAAUGAGCAGCGGUCAGUCUGGUAUGUCUGCUCAUGGUGGCCCAUCCAUGCUACCAAGUCAGAAAUCUCACCAUCAACCUUUCAAUACCAAUAAUCACAGCCAACAAUCAAGUAAAAAUGCUUCAAGUCAACAAUUACUGCCAAAGCCAAGCACGAACCAACAGCAGCAAUCCAACCCGGCCAGUUAUAGUUCCUUCCAGAGCAUACCCGGCUUUCACAAUGCAAGCAUUGUUGCUCGUGGGACAAAUGUAGGUCUGCAACACACACACCAUCCCCAAAUGCUUCAUAUAAUUGGACACGCCACCCCAAAUCAGCCUUGCACAGCAAAUGCUGAACAAAAUGGAGGCACCCAGAGGAAUGUACAAUUUGCAGGGCAAGACGAGGCUUUGCCGUCUUACAAAACGGCAAUGAGGGAAUGCAGUAUUACUAGCAACAAUAACCUUUACAGUCAUCCACUAGAACAGCAGAAGACAAAUGGUGUACCACUCUAUGUAACAAAUAACCAAAGUGGGAAUGAAUUUAAAGCACAAAAUGUCAAUUUUGGAGGAUGUAAUCCGGUUGAGAAUAUCCAGGGUCAACGACAGCAAGGACCUUCGGCAAGUAAUGAAUCACAAACGAUGACCAUGUAUGAGCAAGUCACACACAAUCAUUUUAAUUUUCAACAGUAUUCAGCAUCAGGCCCAUCUGCUCUGCAGGGGCAAAAAGCCAUUGCAGUGGUACAACCACUAUCAACAGAACAGCAGGUCAUGGCUUCUGAUAAAAUUACAAGCAAAACUCCACAGAAGACAACCCAAACAACAAGUGCUUCUGAACUGUUAAAAGUGAAUUCUACUACCAAAGGUCAACACGCACUCAGUCCUGCUCAGGGGCAAGGGGAAGGGGGAGAGGUACUUGUGCCUUGCAGUGAGGAAACCGAUUGCUCGGUAACUUCAGCUGAGGGUGUUUUAGAGCUGUCCCCAAUUCCAACAAUCCCUUGGACAUUAGAAAAAUGUACCAAUUUGCUGAAGAUGUGCCAAAACUUUUCAGAGAAGGACAGUGCAAGUGCAAUUGAAAAAGAUGUUGCUAGCACAAUAUUAAACCAUUACUGGGGUGGAAGUUACAAUAGAUUAUUAUACAUGCUGCAAUCAGACUACUACAAAAAGUUUCUGGCAUUUAUAACAAAGUCCUGUGGUAACAUGAAGUCACCACAAGUUAUAUUUUCCCAAGUCGACCCUAAACACAUGGAUAGGCUUAAAGAAAAAUUAUAUAUUCUCAGACACGGUUCUGUUUAUUUCGAGGAGGUGCAUAAGUCUUCGUGGUUGAAUACCAAUGAGAAGCUAGAUGACAUAGAUAAAGAUUUUGGCUUUCCAUGUUGCCUUAAGAGAACCCAACCAACUUCUCAGAUGGAGGAGCAUCCUGAGGGGAAACAACCAGAGAAGCACUGCACCGAAGAGACUAUGACAUCUGAACAACCGCAUGGCCAGAUGCAAGAUGCAGUGAUGGUCCCGCCAGAGAAUGCACCGCCCAGGCCUGAAUCCAAAGAUGUGGAUGAAAUUCAAGAGUUAUGUCUCUCACACAGUGCUACAGAGACAACAUCACCUGACGAGGUGGAAUGUUCUGAAGACUGUAGUUCAAUCGAUCCAUUUACGUCCAUGGAAAUCCAUGUCCUGGCUCCAGAGGAGGCCAAACGACUCUUUGAAUGUGUGCAGGUGCAAAGUGAAAAGACAGCAGACCAGGAGAAAGAAGAUGGAUCUUCACAAGAUUGCCCCAUCAAGGAGGAGUCAUCUGAGGAGAUGGAUGUGGAGUCAAAGGAGUGGACGUCAGAAAAUAAGGAGGAAGAUCAAAUAGAAAAGUAUUGCUGUCUCUUGAAGUUAAUGAGCAAAAUGCGUGGCCUGAACAAUGCCUGCCAGUGCGAGACAAACCUUGGUCUUGCAAGACCUCCUUUAGAUAAUGACCAUGUUGAAACUGACACUCCUGUGUCUUCAGUUUUAACUGGGAAAAAACCAAACAGCGUGGUUGUGGAUCUGGAUGAAGACAUGGAGGCUUACAUUGAAUCACAGUCAGUUUGUUCUCCUUCAAGAGCUCCAGUAGCAGAUCUCACUAUCAAUAUCUCGGAUGAUGAUGAUGUCAUGGUCACACUAUUGACCGAACAAGAAAUACAGGCACUACAGGCGUCUUCUCAAAUUCAUGCAAAUGAGGACACAACUGGUAAAAAUCCGGUAGAAUUUAAGGUUAUUUUGAAGUUACCGUUAAGUGAAAAAGUGGACUUACCAUCAAGUGAGAAAGUUGACUAUCUUGCUUCUCUCUCCUUAAUACAGAAACCUGAGAGCGUCACUUCUAAAAGGAAAUGUGAGGACAAUGGCAGAAAAAAAAGGGUUGGAAGAAAGAGGAAACUAUGUUUGAAAAAUUCAGAACUUGUCCCAGAAAGUAAUAAGAGUAAAACGAGUGAGAGAGCCUUGACUAUUGGUUCCAGCUCUCUUAUUCAGCCCAAUCUGUCUGAAUACUGGCAUUUCAAGGAUUUUCAACCUGUCAAAUCAUUGCCCAAAUGGUCACCGGAGGUGAAGCAACCAGAGUCUAACAGCUCUCAAAAGCUUACAGGCCCUGGCAGUGUUAACAGUAGCUUGCAAGGGAGCAUAAUCACACUGGCCUUGUUUGGUUCUUCACGGAAUAACUAUGGAGGUGUACAAACUAGCCAAAGCAAAGACGAACCCUUUAAAUCAACUAGACACAAUCAUUUCACAGACAGGACUUUGGUGCCCCCGCAAACCCUCACUCUCAGUUCAAGGAGCCCCGAGCCCAGAAGCCCUGUCAAAGAGCGGCUUUUUAGAGACUGGAAGGAUAGUUUUGUACCAACAGUGAAAAAAAAGUCUAAACGGGGCAGGCCUUGUAAGGUUAAAAAGUCAGAUGUGGAUUUAAAUGAGCCCACACAGACCAGACCUUCAGAAAUGGAGAGGUGUCCUCCCAGGGUCUCAAGGGGGAGACCCCGAGGUGGGUCAGGAGGGAUGAGGCAGUCCUUGGCUGACAGCAAGAAGGCAGUCAUCUUGAAUAAAUUAAAAUUAAGACUUGAGAAGUCGAAGAUUCGUGCAGCAACAUUCAGUAGUUCUGAGGAAACCAAGAGUAAAUGUCAGAACCCUGUUUUCAACCCUGCAAAGGAGAACAGUGUUCUGGAGUUCAGUUUGCUACCAAAGACUUUUAUCUUCAAAGAAUUGGAACCCCAAAAUGCCGCCAACUGAUUUAACAGUGGGUAUGGAUGGCCUAUCAAGGGGGAAACCUCAGAAAACGAGGACUAAAUUCUACACACAGGCAACAUUUAUAUUGUAUCUAUUAUAUGUUGGAAGGAGGAAUGUGUACUCUUAUUUCUGUUGGGAUUAUUAAAGGACUAUAAAAUAAAAAUAACACUGUCGGUAUGUGCCUGCCUGGUCAGCAUCACCGAGAAUGUACAGUUGUUCCCUCUGGGGGACUGAUUGGUCCCAAGGCCAUAAAUGCCAUUAAGAAAUGCCUUCAAUCAUAAGCCAAUUCCAAUAGUAUUCACCAUACAUUUCCUUACAUGCAAUACAAAAAAUGAAAAAGACAUGAUAUAUAAAUGUUAUUAACUGACAAUCCUAAAAGUCACUGUUAUUUAACAUAAUCCAAUAAUUCCUUGGGAUGGGAUGGAAGGAUGGGAGAAUGCUUAGCAGAUAGCUGCUUUGAUAUAAAUGUGACUUAUUUUUCUAGACUCACAAAUGUUCCUCUUAUAUUUUGGUAUUUUACACAGAAUGAAUGUUCCUCUCAUAUUUUGGUAUUUCACACAGAAUGAAAGUAUUUUACACAGAAUGAUUGUUCCUCUCUUAUAUUUAGGUAUUUUACACAGAAUGAAUGUUCCUCUCUUACAUUUUGGUAUUUCACACAGAAUGAAUGUAAGUAUUUUACACAGAAUGAAUGUUCCUCUCUUAUAUUUUGGUAUUUCACACAGAAUGAAUGUAAGUAUUUUACACAGAAUGAAUGUUCCUCUUAUAUUUUGGUAUUUCACACAGAAUGAAUGUAAGUAUUUUACACAGAAUGAAUGUUCCUCUCUUAUAUUUUGGUAUUUCACACAGAAUGAAUGUAUGUGCACCGAUGUAAACAUUGAAUGUUGACAAAUAUACUUUUUUCAAAUUUGUGAAUUGUAUUUUUUUAAUAAACAUUAAUGGUUUCAAUUAUUCUGUGGUUUAUGACACCUGAUAGGGUGGAAUGUAGUCCAUAAUUCAUAAUCCCAUUGUGUUGCAAAUGUGCAUGCCCUCAGGCUGUGUGAGAUCUGUGUUGAUCAUAGGUCUGCACUUAUUCAGAUGGGCCUUCCUCAGUAAAACCAAUGCUUAGAUAAUCAUGCAUGUGCAGAACUCAAACCUAGCCAUAAAGAAGUGGAACCACUUCUGAGCAACAGUAUAGUUCAUAAAAAUGUUGCUCCAAUCAUCUGGCUCUUUAAAUGCAUGGCAAAUAUUACUCAUAUAAUCCUAAAAGACACAAGAUUGCAAUUACAUGUAGUCAUAGCAGACUCUUUGAUCCAUCAUACAAGUUUUUGUAUUUUAUUACAAUUUUCUAAUUUAUUUUCGCUUUAUUGGAUGGUGUCAGUUUAAGGUAUACAGGAAAGGCAGAGUGGAGUCAUGCAGUGAAGGAAUCGAAACCAGGAAGUUGGUUAAGGCCUCAGGCCAUGUGGUACGCGCUUUAUCCGGUGUGCCACUGAAUCGCACAGGGAGCACACUGCUAAAGUGGGAAACUUGCACGUGUAAAUUGGUUAUAUUAAUUGCAGUAUACCACCUAAUUUUCAAGUUUAUACGAUGCUUGGUACUCAAAAUGAUCAAGCCAUGGACACACAGAGUCCUGCUUUUUAUAGAAGAAACUAAAUUGUCUCAUAGAACACUGGGAGAACGUUUUUAUUUAAAUUUUGGGCAAAUUAAAAAUAAUCAAAUGGAAUGUUACAUGUAGAACAAAUGUCUAAGGUAUUUAAUGCUUUCUUGAUAGCAAAUGUUGAUAUUUUGUUCAAGUAGUUUCAACUUGUUUUUAAAAACACAAAAAGAGGCUCACAAUUUCUGUUUACAUUUGUGAAUGUACAAUUUUCCAAGAAAUUAAAUUAAAACAAAAGCAAGCAUUUGUUGUUCUCAUUGUGAAAGGCAGAGGAGGCAAUGUUGUUAAGAAGCACUUUUUU